AUGCAAGCAAGCGACCUCUUCAGAGAGCAGCGCAUAAAACUCUCGAAAGACGGGGAGGAGGAGCCCGAGCUCUCUCCCACGCAAAGCGAAAGGGACUGGGCGAUUCUCUCAAAGCAGCUUCUGAGCCCAGUUUCGUACGCCGAGCAGAACAUCCAGAUGGAGGCGCACUUGGAGGCGCUGCGGAAGGAGCUCGAGGAGAAAAGCGUCAUCCGGCGCGAAAAAGUAGAGCCAAAAACGUACGCGGGCGAGAGGCAGACCGUGAAGCCAAAAGUGCUUAAGGGGGCGUGUGCGAGGCUCAGCGAAGUGUGCGGGAUAAUCCGGGGCCUGCAGGAGGAGGAGAGAAGAAGAGGCGCGAUUAUUUCGCACUUUUGGGGGCGGGAGUACAUCAGAAGAAAGGAGAGGGAGCUCACCGUGCACAUCCAGGACAAAACUUUUCUGGCACUUUCCACGAUACAGAAGGGGAGCAAGCAGGCGUACAUUGAGGGAAGGCUCUUUAUGUGCGGGGAGGAGUUUAGAGGGUACAUCACGGAGAGAGAGGUCGCUGCAUUUUCCGUGUACUCGUGCGAAGCGCAGGCGCUGCUUGACGCGUGCGAGGGCGAGGAGGUGCUGGCGAGUCUGGAGGAGGCCGUGCACUCGUGCAGAGACAGGAUGAGCAACACGGAAAUUGAGGGGGAGUACGCCACCCGCACGGGAAGGGCAAAAAUCCAGAGAGUUUGGGCGCAGCCGAGCGGGCAGAGCGAGCGUGUCGUGUUUUUGAUCUGCGCAAUGAAGCACGGGAUGCCGUUUGAGGAGGCUCUGCGCCUGCUGGAGGAGCGGGCAGCUGCAGGAAAAUAA